CCAGUUGAUAGGGAUAAGCAAAGCCACGAAGGCGCAUUCUCUGAAAGCAAUGGGGAAAGUGAGGCAAACGGAGAGAAACCGCAGAUCGAUCCAAAUAAUCCAGCUGCAAACUGGCUCCACGCAAGGUCCACCAGGAAAAAGCGAUGCCCUUACACCAAGCAUCAGACGUUGGAACUGGAGAAGGAGUUUCUGUUCAAUAUGUAUCUCACUAGGGACCGUAGAUACGAGGUGGCCAGACUCCUCAAUUUAACUGAGAGACAAGUGAAAAUCUGGUUUCAGAACAGGAGGAUGAAAAUGAAGAAAAUCAACAAAGAUCGGGCGAAGGACGAAUGAUGGAGACACAUGGGUUAAGUUGAAAAUGCAUAAAGUAAAAAGAAAAAAAAAAAAGGAAAAUAGUUAAAAACAAAACAAAA